CGGCUGGGUGGCAGACCGGGCGUUCGGCUCGGCCGCGCCGCAGGUGACCCGGACGCUCUCGCUGCCUGCAGCGCCCCGAGCACUUUGUGACCAGAUGCGGAACCCAGCGGAGGGCGCCAGCCAGAUGCGGGGCGACAGCUGACCUGCAGCCGGGAGGCGCGGAGCACGCGGGUGGUCUCUGUGCGACUGACUUCUCCACGGUUCUUGGACGCCUCGAGACGGAAGUGAGUAGAUGUCACCUUACUCUGGUCUCAUAUUCAGACAGAACCCCUUCAGCUGCUGCUACACUGUCCAAGAUAAGCUUCUCACCAUGAAGGCCCCUGCUGUGCUUGCACCUGGCAUCCUUGUGCUUCUGUUUACCUUGGUGCAGAAGAGCUAUGGAGAGUGCAGAGAGGCACUAGUAAAGUCUGAGAUGAAUGUGAACAUGAAGUAUCAGCUUCCCAACUUCACUGCAGAAACACCCAUCCAGAAUGUUGUUUUACACAAGCAUCAUAUUUACCUUGGUGCAGUUAACUAUAUUUACGUUUUAAAUGACAAAGACCUUCAGAAGGUUGCUGAGUACAAGACUGGGCCCGUGCUGGAACACCCAGAUUGUUUCCCAUGUCAGGACUGCAGCCACAAAGCCAAUUUAUCAGGUGGUGUUUGGAAAGAUAACAUCAACAUGGCUCUACUUAUUGACACGUACUAUGACGACCAACUCAUUAGCUGUGGCAGUGUCCACAGAGGGACCUGCCAGCGACAUGUCCUUCCACCCAGCAAUACUGCUGACAUACUGUCAAAAGUUCAUUGCAUGUACUCCCCACAGGCAGACGAAGAGUCCAGCCACUGUCCUGACUGUGUGGUGAGUGCCCUGGGAACCAAAGUCCUGAUAUCUGAAAAGGGCCGGUUCAUCAACUUCUUCGUGGGCAAUACCGUAAAUUCCUCUUACCUAACAGAUCAUUCAUUGCAUUCAAUAUCAGUGAGAAGGCUAAAGGAAACUCAAGAUGGCUUUAAGUUUUUAACAGACCAGUCUUAUAUUGAUGUUCUCCCUGAAUUCAGAGAUUCCUACCCUAUUAAAUACAUCCAUGCCUUUGAAAGCAACCGUUUUAUUUACUUUUUGACAGUCCAGCGAGAAACUCUAGAUGCUCAGACUUUUCACACAAGAAUAAUCAGGUUCUGUUCUGUAGACUCUGGAUUGCAUUCCUACAUGGAAAUGCCUCUGGAAUGUAUCCUCACAGAAAAGAGAAGAAAGAGAUCCACAAGGGAGGAAGUGUUUAAUAUUCUCCAAGCUGCAUAUGUCAGUAAGCCUGGGGCCCACCUUGCGAAGCAAAUAGGUGCCAACCUGAAUGAUGACAUUCUCUAUGGAGUAUUCGCACAAAGCAAGCCGGAUUCUGCUGAACCAAUGAAUCGCUCUGCCGUCUGUGCAUUCCCUAUCAAAUAUGUCAAUGAAUUCUUCAACAAGAUUGUAAACAAAAACAACGUGAGAUGUCUUCAACAUUUUUAUGGACCCAACCACGAACACUGCUUUAAUAGGACACUUUUGAGAAAUUCAUCAGGCUGUGAAGUGCGCAGUGAUGAAUAUCGAACGGAGUUUACCACAGCUUUGCAGCGAGUUGACUUAUUCAUGGGCCAAUUCAACCAAGUCCUCUUAACAUCUAUAUCCACCUUCAUUAAAGGAGACCUCACCAUUGCUAAUCUUGGGACAUCAGAGGGUCGCUUUAUGCAGGUUGUGGUUUCUCGAUCAGGAUCAUCAACACCUCAUGUGAAUUUUCGCCUGGAUUCCCACCCUGUGUCUUCAGAAGCAAUUGUGGAGCACCCAUUAAACCAAAAUGGCUACACACUGGUUGUUACUGGAAAGAAGUGUGGCUGGUGCCACGAUAAAUGUGUGCAACUGGAGGAAUGCCCCAGUGGAACAUGGACUCAAGAGAUCUGUCUGCCUACAAUCUAUGAGGUUUUCCCAACCAGUGCACCCCUGGAAGGAGGAACGAUGCUCACUGUGUGUGGCUGGGACUUUGGAUUCAGGAGGAAUAAUAAAUUUGAUUUAAAGAAAACUAGAGUUUUCCUUGGAAAUGAGAGCUGCACUUUGACCUUAAGUGAGAGCACAACAAAUAUAUUGAAAUGCACAGUUGGUCCUGCAGUGAAUGAGCAUUUCAAUAUAUCCAUAAUUAUUUCAAAUGGGCGAGGGACAGCACAAUACAGUACAUUUUCCUAUGUGGAUCCUGUAAUAACAAGUAUUUUUCCAAGUUAUGGUCCUAAGACCGGUGGCACCUUGCUUACUUUAACUGGAAAGUACCUUAACAGUGGGAAUUCUAGACACAUUUCAAUUGGUGGAAAAACGUGUACUUUAAAAAGUGUGUCAGAUAGUAUUCUCGAAUGUUAUACCCCAGCUCAAACCAUUCCAACUGAGUUUCCUAUUAAAUUGAAAAUUGACUUAGCCAACCGAGAGAUGAACAGUUUCAGUUACCAGGAAGACCCCAUUGUCUAUGCAAUUCAUCCAACCAAAUCUUUUAUUAGUGGUGGGAGCACCAUAACAGCUGUUGGGAAAAACCUGAAUUCAGUUAGUGUCCUAAGGAUGGUAAUAAGUGUACAUGAAACAAGAAGGAACUUUACAGUGGCAUGUCACCAUCGCUCUAAUUCAGAGAUAAUCUGCUGUACAACUCCUUCACUGCAACAGCUGAAUCUGCAACUCCCUCUGAAAACCAAAGCCUUUUUCAUGUUAGAUGGGAUCCAUUCCAAAUACUUUGAUCUCAUUUAUGUACAUAAUCCUGUGUUUAAGCCUUUUGAAAAGCCAGUGAUGAUCUCAAUAGGCAAUGAAAAUGUACUGGAAAUUAAGGGAAAUGAUAUUGACCCUGAAGCAGUUAAAGGUGAAGUGUUAAAAGUUGGAAAUAAGAGCUGUGAGACUAUAUACUCAGAUUCUGAAGCUGUUUUAUGCAAGGUCCCCAAUGACCUGCUGAAAUUGAACAACGAGCUAAAUAUAGAGGUGGGAUUCCUGCAUUCCUCUCAUGAUUGGAAGCAAGCAGUUUCUUCAACCAUCCUUGGAAAAGUAAUAGUUCAACCAGAUCAGAAUUUCACAGGAUUGAUUGUUGGUGUUAUCUCAAUAUCAAUAAUACUCUUACUAUUACUUGGGGUUUUCCUGUGGCUGAAAAAGAGAAAGCAAAUUAAAGAUCUGGGCAGUGAAUUAGUUCGCUAUGAUGCAAGAGUACACACUCCUCAUUUGGAUAGGCUUGUAAGUGCCCGAAGUGUAAGCCCAACUACAGAAAUGGUUUCAAAUGAAUCUGUAGACUACCGAGCUACUUUUCCAGAAGACCAGUUUCCUAACUCAUCUCAGAAUGGAUCGUGCAGACAAGUACAGUAUCCUCUGACGGACCUGUCCCCCAUGCUUAAUAGUGGGGACUCUGAUAUAUCCAGUCCAUUACUGCAAAAUACUGUCCACAUUGACCUCAGUGCUCUAAAUCCAGAGCUGGUCCAGGCAGUCCAGCACGUAGUGAUUGGGCCAAGUAGCCUGAUUGUGCAUUUCAAUGAAGUCAUAGGAAGAGGACAUUUUGGGUGUGUGUACCAUGGGACUUUAUUGGACAGCGAUGACAAGAAGAUUCACUGUGCUGUGAAAUCCUUGAAUAGAAUCACUGACAUAGGUGAAGUUUCCCAGUUUCUGACUGAGGGAAUCAUCAUGAAAGAUUUUAGUCAUCCAAAUGUUCUCUCACUCUUGGGAAUCUGCCUUCGAAGUGAGGGGUCUCCACUGGUGGUCCUACCAUAUAUGAAACAUGGAGAUCUUCGAAAUUUCAUCAGAAAUGAGACUCAUAACCCAACUGUAAAAGAUCUUAUUGGCUUUGGUCUUCAAGUAGCCAAAGGCAUGAAAUAUCUUGCAAGCAAAAAGUUUGUACACAGAGACUUGGCUGCUAGAAACUGUAUGUUGGACGAAAAAUUCACUGUCAAGGUUGCUGAUUUUGGUCUGGCCAGAGACAUGUAUGAUAAAGAAUACUACAGUGUACACAACAAAACGGGCGCCAAGCUGCCAGUGAAGUGGAUGGCUCUAGAAAGUCUACAAACUCAGAAGUUUACCACCAAGUCAGAUGUGUGGUCCUUUGGUGUGCUCCUCUGGGAACUGAUGACAAGAGGGGCUCCACCUUAUCCUGAUGUCAACACCUUUGAUAUAACAGUUUACUUAUUGCAAGGCAGAAGACUCUUACAGCCCGAAUACUGCCCAGAUCCCUUAUAUGAAGUGAUGCUAAAAUGCUGGCACCCUAAAGCUGAACUGCGCCCAUCUUUUUCUGAACUGGUCUCCAGGAUAUCAGCGAUAUUCUCUACUUUCAUUGGGGAGCACUAUGUCCAUGUGAACGCUACUUAUGUGAAUGUCAAAUGUGUUGCUCCAUACCCUUCUCUGUUGUCAUCACAAGAUAACAUUGAUGGCGAGGGGGACACAUGAUGGAUGGAUACCUCACCAGCCCCCUUCUGAGAAACAUCAUAGAACUUUCCAAACAGCAGUCUACGUUUUGUUCAAUGUUGUUGUUUUGGUUUUUUUUUUUCACUGCCUGGCCAUUGAAAGGCCACCAGAUAUUUUUUGCUUUUGCCAAGAUUGCACUAUUAUAGGACCUUAUAUUGCUAUUUAAAAUGAAUGGAUUCUAAGGAAUUUCUUAGCUGACAGAGCACCAGAGCCAGAAGCUCUGUCCCGCAGGCCAGUGACCAACAGCAACCCUACAGCUGUGAUGAUGCUCCUGUGCAUGGAGGCCAAAGCCUUAAUUCUAGGUUGAAGUUUUUAAAAAUCAGGAUCCUACAUGAUUUCAUAUUAGGAAUGGAAGCAAUGAAUUUCGAGGGCUUCUUGAUCACAUAAAAUUCAGAAGAAGUGAUAAAGUUCAGGACAGACAUGGCCCCAAUACCAAGACACUCAUUUAGAAUUAAAGUGUUUCAAAGAAUUUUCAUGUGUUGGAUGGUCACUAACAUGUUUUAUUACUGAUGUUGCCUUUUGCCCAUUCGGCAAACAUUCCCUUUUAAAUUUUUGUAUACAUUCCUUUUAAUGGGGAAAUAUCCAUAGGCAACACAGUCAACAUUUCAAAAUGGCAGGACACAAAUGUGUUUAUAAAUUAAUAGGGAUAUUUACAUAUUGUACAUAGAUGACAUUAAGAAGGUCCUCAUAAAAUAGCUUAGUCAUAAUGAAAUAUUUAGUUGUCAUUUAAAAAUCAACUGAGAAUGAUACUGUUCUUAUGAUUGUAGACAUAUAGAUGGUUUGUCUGUAUUUUUUUUACAAUGACUCUGAAAAUAAAACAAGUGAUUUGUGGUAAGUGUUUUUAAAGGUGUAACUCAGCAUGUUUUUAAAGCAGAAUACAUCUGACUAAAAGGUUCAUCAGUUCCAAUCAUGUCUCAUGUAGGGCAAAGAAAGGAUCGAUGGACUAGAAAUAUUAGCCUCUUUCUUAGGUGGCAGCUUCCCACCCCACAAUCGGAGGCAAUAAAACUUUCUGGGAGUCCAGUUUUUCAUUAGCACAUGCUUUGUGUAAAGCAAAACAUAUUUAACAGGGGAAAAAAAAGCAAUUGAAAGUUCUGGCCAUUUCACCUGGAUGAAUAGUUAUUCUGGGCAGGACGUUUGUAAUGUUUUGUUCUGUGGGAUUUUGUGCUUACUACUGUAUAGUGCAUGUGGCACAGGAUACUCUGUUUUUGUCAAUGUAAACAUUUAAAGUAUUAUAUUUUUAUAAAAAUGUUUAUUUUUAAUGAUAUGAGAAAACUUUUGUCAGCCCACAAAAAUACUGCACUGUGAACAUUUCAGAAAAGGUAUGUCAGACUUGGAUUAGUAACAGCAUAGUUCUCAAUGGCUGUAAAUAAUGAUAAGGAAAUGUACUGAUUGCCAGUACACCCCACCCUCAUUACAUCACCAGGACUUGAAGCCAAGGGUUAACACAGAAAGCUGUAAAGAGGGUGUGUUACACCGAAGCCCAAUAGUAGAGCUGGGCUGACGAUUACAACUUAAACUCUCUGACCAUGGUGGAAUUUACCAGAAGACACAAGGAAUUGUACUGUAGAGAUAUACUCCAAUUUAAACUUUGUUUCAGAAGUGUAAAAGAGUGAUACCAAUGCACAAAUACUGCGAAUGGUGGGUAACAAAAGAAAAACUCUGCAGAAAUAAAUAUCUCUACUAAUAUCAAGAAGAUGAAUGCAUCAGAACGGAAAGAGCUUGUGGAAGCAACCCAUCAACAAGACCACACACCUGUAUAUAUGCUUGAGAAAGCUGCAAUGUGAAAAUCAUGUUUGCUAUUUAUAAAAAUGUCCUUAGAUUAAUGUGUCUGGACAGACUGUGAGAGUAAGUGAUUCUUCUAAGAAUUAGAUACUGUCACUGCCUAUACCUGCAGUUGAACUGAAUGGUACUUUGUAUGUUAAUAGCUGUUGUUUUGAUAAAUCAUGCAAUUAAAAUAAUGUAUCAUCUUGUUA